GUGCCCUGGCGCCUUCCCGUGGCUGGGCUUCGCGCCUGAACCCCUCGCCAUGGGGCAGGGCGGCCUGUGCGCUCGGCGGGGCGGGCUUGUGGGGCUCACACACCGGAGUGAGAUGCCCGGAGUCUAUCUUGGAAGGUUUUCCUGGAAUUGUAGCAGUGGCAUGGCUGUGCUAAGGAGCUUUUAUUAAACGUGAUUGGAGGCCUUUGGCAGGAUACAAACAGCUUGACUCUCGACAACACCAGGAAAGGACUCGUGGGUUGAAAGCUAAGGGUGACACAGCUGCACCGGCCCAGCAGCCAGCAUGGAUCAGGGUCUGCAUGGCGAUGUACAGGUGGAGCGCAUCCUCGUGUAUUCCUUUCUGAAGAACUGUCACAACUGUGAUUUCAGCAAAGAGCUGGAUUCUCUGAGAAGCGAGGUGAUGGUUUCCCCAUCAAAAAACUUCCUCUCUGUUGAGUUUGAUGAUGGGGAGCUUCAAACAGAUGGGAAUCGGAGUGGCCGGUUCCAGAAUGGUGAGCCAGGUUCUGUGGUUGAUGAGGCCAUUUUCCAGCUCAUCGGAGCUCGGCUUGCUGAGAUCGGGGACCAAGUGGCUAGGGAGAUCGAUCAGAGAGUAGUAAAUGAUCUAGUGCAGCAAUUUGUGAAUGAGAAUCUGUCCAAAGAGGAGAUAAUGAGGCGUCUGUCUAAUACAGUGGAGGGGCUCAUGAGAACCGUACCUUUGGAAAUGGAUCGGGAGAAAGCCAUGUUGGUGCUAGCAAUGGUUUUAGCCAGAACAGUAGCAAACAAAAUGCCAUCCCUUCUACACCGUGUCUUUAACACCACUGUGAAUUACAUCAACCAGAACCUCCACAAUUACGUCAUCAACCUGGGAUAACAAAGUUGAAUGAGAGCGGAGCCAGUUCCAUUGACUUCUGUGGAGAAGAUUGCUUUUUGAGUAUUUACUUUAAACAUUAAAACUUUGCUUUUUUUCCUCAUUUAAAUUCUUUCCAAUGCAGCUGUGAAGGGGGAAGCACAACCCCCUAGUUAUGUUUUAGGUUUUUCAGAGAUCAGUACAGGAGAAAUGUUCAAGCUGUGCGAUUGUUCAGCAGACACACGUAGGAGUAUUGCUUGCCUGUUACUUUCUUCUAUCAAAUAUUGAAUGUGACUUGGUGCUGGUGCAGACCUGUAUGAUUUAAGAGGAAGUGCCAGUUGGCAGUGCACUCAGGUGUGUUUACUGAAACUUUAGCCCAUGCACUGAGGAUAGGAUCCGUUGGCAGUGAGCCUGCAACCUGUUAGGGUGUGUCUUCCCUGCAAGGUUAAUGCAUGAGAUCAAUAGUGGUAUUGGCCUAGUCCAGGUGUGAUGGCACACCUCUACUUCAAAGCUGUGCUCUGUCUUCUGGAGGCAUAGCCAGUGGUUCUUUUGUGCUGCAGUAAGCUGAGCCCCUCUAGUCUUUCUGAGCACAAUCCUCUAAUACUGUCCCACAGUUUUCCCUAUCAACUGCAAGUGAUCUAGCCUCACUGCAAAAUGGGUUGGUUACCAUUGCAAGUAAAAGUAGAGGUUUCUACUGUGCCCAUUAUGCUAGUGUAGCCUCUUCUGCCAACAAGCAUCCCCCCCAUCAUGAUAGGUAAUCCCCCUCUUAGCAGCAGUGGCUAGGUCAAUGGAGGAAUUGUUUACACCUGGGGUAGGGUAACAGACAUAGGAGUGAAAAAUUCACUCCCUACUCUGAGUGCUUUAGCUACUAGCCUGGUUUGGAGGCAACCACCUAACUCUGAGUGGUGUGCCUUCACUACAGGCUGGGGAGAGCCCUUCUUGAGCAAACUGUAUGCUCAGGGUUUUUUCCCUAGGCACAGUAGUGGGGGAGUAAACCCUGCCUGCCCUCCCCAAAUUAUUUUUUUAAGCCUCUGGCUGAUGUCUGAUUUACAUGUGCAAAAAGCAACAGAAUUGAGUGAUGUGAUCAAGUCAGAUAACAUUCAUCUGGGCAUACUUGAGCAUAACACACACUAGCUUUAAUUUCCACUCAAUAGGUCCCUCCCUGUAGUCAGUGCCUCAGAGGCUGGCAACUUUGAUCCUCUCUCAACAUUAACUCAUGUCUGGUAGGCCUACCAGGAAUGUAGUCUCCAUGUGACACUUUACAUGAACUGAACUCUGAAUUGCUGUUUCUUGCAUUACCUGUAAAUAUUUUAUACUUAAUAAAAUUGUAAAUGCAA